UGUGUGGUGUUUUGACGUGAAAUGAGCGUGGGGUCACGUCAGUGCACGCGCCCUCUGUCGUCUCCCAGCAUGCAACCCUCCAGCUUCGUGUGAUGCGUUUUCACUUUCGCUCUUGCGUUUUGCGACCGCUGAACUUCGCGGGCACAAGAGGACACAGUGAGAGCUUCCUCCUUCCUGUUGCCACCAUGUUGGUGCUUCCUGUUGUGCUGCUGCUGCUGCUGGUUCCCUGCGCUCCCUCAUCAGGAGCACAGCUACCAGAGCAGCCGAAAUCCAAGGAAGCCCCCAUAGCCACUAACGGCCAGCCAUUCCCCUGGGACCGCAUGAGGCUUCCCAAAACCGUCUCCCCCGUUCACUACGACCUCACCUUCCACCCCAACCUGACCAGCCUUGACUUCACCGGCGUGGCUCGUAUUCUCCUCGAGGUGCACGAAGACACGAGCGCCGUCAUUCUCCACACCAAGGAAAUGCACAUCUCCAAGGUGCUUCUCCUGGCACCGGAGGGCGCGAGGCCUCUCCGGUUUUUGGAGUACCCUCGUUUCCACCAGCUCGCCCUGCUGUCAGACACGCCGCUGAUCCAAGGGAGGAGGUAUGAGGUCCAGCUGGAGUUCGCUGCCAACCUGUCUGACAGCUACCACGGUUUCUACAAGGGCAGCUACCGCACCAGCAGUGGGGAGGUCCGGAUGCUGGCCUCCACCCAGUUUGAAGCCACCAGCGCGCGGGCAGCCUUCCCCUGUUUUGAUGAGCCGGCCUUCAAAGCCAACUUCACCAUACGGAUCAUAAGAGAGGCUCGCCACAUCGCCAUAUCCAAUAUGCCCAAGGUGAAAGCAGUGCAGUUGCCAGGUGACUUAUUUGAGGAUCACUUCGACACCACAGUAAAGAUGAGCACUUACCUGGUGGCCUUCAUCGUAUCUGACUUCCUGUCUGUAAGCAAGACCACCAAACAUGGCGUCAAGAUUUCAGUCUAUGCUGUACCUGAGAAGAUUGACCAGACAGCCUUUGCGUUGGAUGCUGCUGUCAAGCUGCUGGACUUCUACGAUGACUACUUUGAUAUUCCUUACCCGCUGCCCAAACAAGACCUGGCUGCUAUCCCUGACUUCCAGUCAGGCGCUAUGGAGAACUGGGGACUGACCACCUACCGAGAAGCAGGCCUCCUCUUUGACCCUGCAAAGUCCUCAGCUUCAGACAAACUGGGUAUCACCAUGGUCAUCGCUCAUGAGCUCGCGCACCAGUGGUUUGGGAACCUGGUGACCAUGGAGUGGUGGAAUGACCUGUGGCUCAAUGAGGGCUUUGCCAAGUUCAUGGAGUUCAUCUCUGUUGACAUCACCUACCCAGAGCUGCACGUGGAUGACUUUUUCCUGGGGAAAUGUUUUGAGGCCAUGGAGGUGGACUCCCUCAGCUCGUCCCAUCCAAUCUCCACCCCUGUUGAAAACCCUGCCCAGAUCCAGGAGAUGUUCGAUGAUGUGUCGUACGACAAGGGGGCUUGUAUCUUGAAUAUGCUGCGCGACUUCCUGACACCCGAGGCUUUUGAGAUCGGCAUUAUCCGAUACCUGAAGCGCUACAGCUACCAGAACACUGUCAACAGCCACCUCUGGGACAGCCUGACUAAUAUCUGCCACUCAGAUGAUCUGGACGAGGGCCGAAUAAAACACAAGGAAUUCUGCUCCAAGAGCAAAGUCCAGUCUGGAGCCUCUAAGUGGUAUUCUGAUGAUGAGCUGGACGUCAGGACCAUCAUGGAGAGCUGGACCCUGCAGGAGGGCUUCCCUCUGGUCACGGUGGAGGUCAGAGGUCGCGAGGUCAGGCUCACUCAGGAGCGUUACUUGAAGACAGACGACCCCUCCCUCACUGAAGGAUUCCUGUGGCAGAUCCCUCUCACCUACGUGACCAGCGCCUCCAGCACCGUUCAUCGCUUUCUGCUCAAGACCAAGACUGAUGUCCUGUACCUGCCGGAGGAGGUGGACUGGGUGAAGUUUAAUGUGAAAAUGAACGGCUACUACAUGGUUCACUAUGAAGGUGAGGGAUGGAGCUCAAUCAUCAAACUGCUACAGCACAACCACACGGCCCUGAGCAGCAACGACCGCGCCAGCCUCAUCAACAAUGUCUUCCAGCUGGUCAGUGUGGGGAAGGUGAGGCUGGACACGGCUCUGGAUCUGUCCCUCUACCUGUCCAGAGAGACUGAAAUCAUGGCUGUGACACAGGGCCUUGGGGAGCUGGUUCCCCUCUACAAACUAAUGGAGAAGAGAGACAUGAUGGCUCUUGAGAACCAGAUGAAGGGUUACAUUGUGGAUCUGUUCCGGGGGUUAAUCGACCGUCAGGAGUGGAGCGACGCAGGCUUGGUGUCUGAGAGGGUGCUGAGGAGCUACCUGCUGCUCUUUGCCUGCGUCAGGAACCACCCUCCCUGUUUGGCCACCGCCAUCGAGCUCUUUAACAAGUGGAGGGACUCGGACGGCAAUAUGAGUCUCCCCACUGAUGUCAGCUUGGCUGUGUUUGCUGUUGGAGCCCGGACGCCAGAGGGGUGGGACUUCCUGUUUGAGAAGUAUCGUAGUUCUCAGCAAACAGGCGUCAAGAGCCGCAUUAAGUCUGCUCUCUCCAUCAGCCCGCUGCAGGAUAAGCUCAAGUGGAUGAUGGAGCAGAGCCUGCAUGGUGAAGUGAUGAAGACUCAGGACCUUCCAUCUGUGGUCGUCUCUAUCAGCAAGAACCCCCGUGGCUACAAGCUGGCCUGGGACUUCCUCCGCGCCAACUGGCACGCUCUAAUCAAGAAGUUUGACCUGGGCUCCCACUCCAUAGCACACCUGGUGACUGGGGUGACCGGCCAGUACUCCACCAGGGAGAUGCUGGAUGAGGUGCGAAGCUUCUUCGAUUCCCUGACUGAGGAGACAGGCUCAGAGAUGAGGUGCAUCCAGCAGACCUACGAGACCAUCGAGGAAAACAUUCGCUGGAUGGACACCCACCUCCCUCUGCUGCAGGCCUGGCUGAACAGACACAAGGCCAGUUCCUGUGCACCGCCACAGCCACAUGAGGAUUUGUAGGUCCAGAGGAAAGAGAGGCAUCUGUGGAGUGGAGAGAAUUGUCCCUCAGUGCAGAAACUACACUCUAAAAACUCACCAGGGGUUCAUGGGGGAUUCUGCUUGUGCCAUGAAGAAACACUGAUGUCUGCAGUGUCCAACAACCUUUUUAUAAAUGGUUUCUUCAAGAGACCUUAUGGGGCUCCCUUGUGGCACAAGAACCUUUUUUUUUUUUUUUAAAAGUGUAGUCUCUCCAAUGGUAGUGCCCUGCGAUGGCACUGAUGCCUGGAUAUUUCUGUUCAAAGCCGUGAACGGGACUUUAAACUUACUUUAAGCAAGUAAGUAAAGUUUAUUUGCUGUAGCACCUUUCACAAAUGUCACAAAGUGGUUCACGAAAGUAAAAUAUAAAAAAAAAAAAUGACCUUAAAACAAAGAAACAAUAAAAAUAUCAGCAACAAAAAGAACGAAGAAGAUUACAACGAGUUGACAUCCUGAGGCGAGACAUCAUGAAGCCAGUUUGAAUAAAUAAACUGAGCCUGUAGUUGCUUUGAAAAUCUUCAACAGAGAUUGUAUCUCCAAAGAUACCGUAGAUUCCUCUGUGUUGGAGCCACAGCUUCAAAGGCACAAUCUCCUUUUGUUUUUAGUCGAGCUUCGAUCAGAUUCAUUUUAGCCUCUCUGAUCUCUUUUCACGCUGUUUUACCCGACAGGAAACAGUCAACAAAUUAACAUAAGGCAUGAACUGUUGGGGCCAUUGUGGAUUUUAAAUUCCAAAAUUGACAAACAUAAAUUACUUUUCAUCUACAUUUCUACAAUGGAAUAGCCCCUUCAAAGGAUGGAUGGUCACCUGCCAGAGUGACAGAUUGAUAGAGUUGAGUUGAAUUUGCCUGCAUUUGGUUGUGUUUUUGUUAAUUUUCUGCCUUAUUAACAGGUUCGGGUAGUUUCUCUUCUCUUCGCUAUUAUUUCUGCAUAUUUUGUCUGCUUCUGUGUUGUCAUUUUUGUCUUUUUAUUGGAUUUUUUUUAUGGUUGCUGUCUUCUGUAUAGAUAAUUUAUUUGUCGAUCAUUUUUGUGCAGUGCUUCAGCUGUCCAUUUAUUACCCGAUCAUAGCUUUUUCUUUCUCUUUUGUUGGUGCUGACCAUAGGCUUUAAUCUGAGGUUCAUGUUGUCUUGCGUAUAAUGGCCCUACCUGUGACCUCUUCCUUGUUACAACUAACAGACUGAGAAGUUGUUAAAGUAGAUCAGUCGAAGGAGCGUGUCCAAGACACAAAAUAAAAUGCAAACCAGCGGACUAGGUGCAGCCAGUCAGGAACGCUUAGGUGGUCAACAGGCCACAGCUGUACAUUUCCAAAAAUGUACCUGUCACUUCUUUACUACCCAGUUAAAUUUAUAGAAUAUAAAAGGUACCGCAGUUAUAAAAAUAAUAAUAAUAAAAAUUUACUCCUUGUCAGAUACAUACCUAAUUUCACUGUGUGCCUUUAAUGGUCAAACAGCUAUUUAAAAUAUACCUGCGCAUCCAAGCUCAGUCAAAUAUCACCAGCAUUUUCCUGUUUGGCUGAAAACAACAAAAAAAGAUGAAAUAAGGUAUCAUUAAGCAUGGGAUAGAACACGAUUAUCACCAGUUCCAGCAACUGGAGUAUCAGGAAAGGCCGACUGUAAAAUUUAAAUUUUAAAAAUCAUACAGAGGCUGCUAAUAUUAUGUUAUUUUUUCAUUUUUUAAUAUUGAAUUUCCUGCCUGUCACUGUAACAGCACUGGUGCUGAAGCUAAGGAUCAGCUGUAUUGACAUCAGCACAGUGCUGUGGUUGAUAGUGGUCAAUACAGAUACCAAGGCUCUUCAUAGCAGGAAAAGAAGUUGAGUCACACUUGUUUGAUUUCUUAUGUGUGUGCAGUAAGUGUGUGUGUAUAUGUGUGUGUGUGUGUGUGUGUGUGUUUUUUAAUUUGCCUUAAAAGAAAAAUAGAGAAGUUGAGGCACUGCUGUAUUUUUUGGCUCCAUAAAUUUCUUCAUCUUAGAAGAUCAUGAGCUUUUUUCAAUGACGUUUGACGUUAAUGUACCAAGAUUUAUGGGUGUGAGUGCAGCUGUAGCCACUGUAGAAGCCCUCCUUUAUGUCCUCUCUACAAAUGGGUUAAUGAAUGUGAUUCAUUAGAGACAUUAAUAUAUUGCAGCUCUCAAUUCUGCCCUCUCAACCAACUAGUUACCAGACAAUUGCUUAUAGCUUUGGGCAGAUGAAAAGAAAGCAAAACUUGGAGAGGAGGACAGUAGCAGCAGUAAAAUAAAUAAGCUGUAAAAGGUGGGAGCUUCUAUAAUGACUACAUCUGAAUGAAUCAUGAAACCACCGGCACUUCAAGGCAAACAAAACCUUUCUUAUUGCACUUGACAGAUCCCUAUUUUGUUGUCGUGUAACCGACUUAAAUUUAUUUUCAAUUUAAGGAGGCACUGUUUUAUAUUUUUAGGAGACCACCUCAAAUGUUUGGGUACUCCUUUAAGCUGUUCAUAUUUUACUUGCCAGUGCUCAAAAUUUGUGAAGAUAAAUAUGAAUUCUGAAACCAGUGGUCCUCGGUAAAAAGCUUUGUUGAGAUACUUCAUUAGUACCACUAGAUUUAUAUUGAUAGGCUUUGAUUUAUUUAAGGUUUUUCAUCACUUUGCACAGGUGUACGCUGUCAUUUGUCGUGCCACUGUAACAUCCCUGUUUUGUUGAACAAGAUUCCUUACGUUUCUGUUCUGUUUCUGUUCUGCAUUUUCUAAACUGAAAAUGUGUCUUGAAUAAAAUGCCUUCUUCUUAAA